AUGCAUUCAAGGUCUUCCAGGGUAUACAUAAUACUUGCACAACUUGCAGGCCAGGCGGUCCAAAUUUACGUUUUAACGUUCCUGAAAUCUCGUCGGACACGUUCAAUUCCGCUUGUUCAAGAGCAGUAUGCAUGUUACGCCAAACCCCUCGACACCUACGAAUGUAUCAUCAAUGCCCAGGACAUGAAUCUAUCAUCCAGACUUCAAGGAGGAAGUCUGUCAAGAUUGGUCGUCGACAGAAAGAGGCCGAAUUUACAGAAAUCAACGAUGCAUGGAUUUGGGCUUGUGCGAAAGCUACGACUUCAAAGAAUAUUGUCUCCAUCGCGCCCUUUCAACCCACCGAACAUGAAGCCCGUAACUUUUUUGCGCAAUGCUUGGCGGAGGAAGGAACGCAAGACGGAGAGUAGGCGCGACGGGUCGAUUGGCACCGCAGAAGGACCUGAAUUCUCGACUCCUCACCUGCCUUUCUCGACGCAAUCCGAGUUACCCGUUAUCACUCUCGCCAUGAACAACCCUACCCUUCAAAAGGACCUGAGCACCUCCAUAGAGGAGGCGUGGUUGAGGCGAUCAGUAUAUGGAAUCUCCACACUGAAGACGGAUGACCUGGAGAACGAGGGUCGUUCCGACCAUCCGUUCGCGCAGACAGGUCAUUAUGAAUCUCCUCUGAAUGCCAGAUAUAAUGGAAACAGACUCCCGCUCAAUGAUACCUGCGGACAGCGGAAUGUAGUUCGUGGCCCUCCAAUUGUCACUAAGAAUUCUGUCCCUACUUCCCUCACUGGUCAGAAUUCGCUGGGCUAUCCGACCCGAAAGACAAACUCGUCACCCCAGAGGCAACGAGCGGGUUCAGCUACCGUACCAGCACGUUCUCCCACCUGCGUAACGUUCGCCGUCGCUUCCGCGGCCCCACGGCCUUCAUCAUUGCGUUCUGCUCUUCCUAAUUUUCGGAAGGAUGGCGAUCUGGGGAAGGUUUCCAAGUCUCAAGGGGCCAUCGUGCGCGAUAUCCCACGUUACGAGCUGCAGAGGGAGCCUUUCUCUGCACCUCCGUUCAUGACAUGUUUUCAACUGGUGGAUGACGUUCAACCUGUCAUUUAUCGACCCAAGGUCGACACCACUACCUCACUAAACGAGAAGGUAUCUAGAAGAACAGUAGAUGCCAUUUUGGAUUUAUCGUCCUUUUCGAAGCCGCGUAGUCUUUACGCCGCGACUGGGUCUACUCCCUACCUUCCUUUUGUGGAAGCGUGUUCCUCCAACCCAGAAUUGCAUUUGGGUGAUCGUGCAAGAUCCCAUGCUGAUGUUGAUUCCUUCCCACUCUCUCUCUUCCCAACACCCCCUCCAUUAGUAGUAAGGAGGAAGAAGAGGGUUCCCAAACCGCUUAUCCUGCACCCUUCCUCCGUGCCACACUGUACAUCUAUCCAGUUCUCACCUUCGCCUGGGGGCAGCUCGAUUGAUUCCACACCGCUUGCUACUCCAGCGUCACCCCAAUCGCUGCUACCGCCGUUAUCUCCAUCCUCGUCUAGUCCAAUUUCUUUGGGAAAGAGGACAUAUGCGCGUUCUGCAUCCAGCAUCUUACCUCCGCAAUAUGCCCCGCCCGACAGUCCAUUGCCGAUGCCACCUACAUCACCAAAACGCGGCCCAGCAACUAUCGACUCGAGUCGAAGUCUUCGAGUCGCACGAUCAUCCGAUAUCUUGCGCCAACCCCCUGUGCCGUUCCCCGCCUCGCAUCGUCUUUCCUUCAGUGAGCCCAUUUCGGAAUUGGACCACAACACCCUCAAUUUGACCAAACCAACGAGUUUGGCGUCACGAACCUAUUCAGAGUCAGCGGAGAGAAGACGGUCCUCUUUGGGUGCCCAGGUUCAAUGGGGAUAUGCUCUGUAA